AGAUUUAAAUAUAACUUCUGCGUUAAUGAUAAAAUGAUUUCCACUGUCGUGUUUGUUAUCAGCUGCUGAUAAAAACUCCUGAAUCGAUGUCUUUGUAGUAAUCGGACAAUCUUAAGUUGACUCAAUGUUGUGAACGUAAAUGGUGUCGAUGAAUAAUUUGAUUCAGUGCCGUCAAAAACUGCUCAGUCCAUUGUUAUUCGCUUCCCCGAACCGCGUGGUUCUUGUUAAGUUUAAAAGCACAAAAGUGGUGGGUGUUUUGCGAGGCAGACACGAAAAGGCCGGUCGCGCGGUUACUUUCAAGGGUAACAGCCUCCAGUGUUGGUCAGAGGCAUCCCGCCGACACUGCUCCGGGCCACUCCAGUCUACGCCGCCGCCGCCGUGCCGCGUUCGCAACGCGUCGCUCCGCCCGGCAAACUCGAUUUAUAAUGUAAACAUUGCCCACGAAUACGAUCGACACCAACCACCUGCUGUGAACUUUAUUCUUUAAUAUAUUUUAAAGGAUUGCAGACACAAAAAUGUGGCUCUCCAUUAUGUGUUUAUUCGCAUUAAUAAGUGUAAAACGUGUUUCAAGUGAAUUAACGGUAUUUCAUAAGUGUUGUCCGGAGAAUCAAAGUCUCGUGAAAAUUACUAAUGUAAAUGAAUCUUCAAUUUUCCAGUGUGAAAGUCGUGAAUCCACUAAUUUAAAAUAUGAAAUAUCUACCUCACCAUUAAUUAUCUCUCAUGACAUAGAAGUAAGUUACGGCAUGCCUGCUGAAUGUGAAGAAGAAGAUAUAGAGGAACUUAAAACGGAGGGCACGGUAGUGUCAACUUCCCAAAACAAUUCAUGUUAUGAUAGAAUCGUUUUAGAAAUACGAAAUGGCGAAUUAACAAGCAACAUUCCAAAAACAGUAGUCUUAAAAUGUAAUUUUAAUGCAACUGAAAACACGACAGAAUCUGUGUUACAUAUCGAUCGCAUUAGAAAAUGUUGUCCAGAAAAUCAUGCUUAUGACACCAUCAAUAAUGUUUGUACACGUACUAAUGAAGAUAUUGAUGAGAAAUGGUUAGUAAGAGAAAUGAAAAGCACAGACUCUCGUAUAUUUGAAGUUGACACUGGAAUUCACUGCAAAGUGACACAGUUUUCGAUAGACCUUAUGUCCGAAGAAUUUUCUUUGCAUGUUUAUGGCAGCAGUUUGUUUGCUUUAAGAAAAACGAUGACCAAAGAACAACGAGUAGGAGAAGGAGAAUGGUGUAUGGAUCGUAGAAAAGAUAACACUGGUUUAGUUGCUAGAGUUUGUACUGACGAUGCAACGCUCUUCGGGGCAUACCCUAUCAGAAAGUGUUGUCCAGUAGGCGAGCACUAUAAGGUCAGAGACUGCAAAUCUACAAGGAGCGAAUGUGUGCCUAAUACCGAUCACGAAAUAACAUUCAAUAUGUCAAUAUACCUGGAUCCUUUGAGAGAAGAGUAUAAAGAUUUUCCUGAUUUGCUGGGAAUUCGUACAUUAAUUCGAUGUCAGAUAGGGAAAUAUGUGACCAAUAAAGAAAAUUGGCAGGACCAGCACAGCUUGAACCUGGACGGUACUAUGCAACAAAUAGGAAACAGUGCGGAAGACAAUUAUUGCGUAGAGGAGUUCGACAGACGACACUGCCACGAUGACAACCCUAUCGAGGUCGCAGCCGUUUUUUGCUUCUUAGGCGCGCCUGAACUUGAGAAAAACUUCUACUUGUCAUUUGUGCUGAAUACCAUAUCCGCGGUAUGCUUGGGUCUGACAUUUCUGGUGUACGUCUCGCUGCCAGAGCUGCGCAACCUACACGGACGGACCCUGAUCUGCCACACCGGCACCAUGCUGCUGGCAUUCUCGUUCCUCGCCAGGGUCCAAUACGACAAGGUGGAGAACCAUCUUUGUGUCGUCUUUGGUUACAUGAUCUACUUCGGGUUCGUGGCUGCGUUCGCUUGGCUAAACGUCAUGUGUGUGGACAUCUGGUGGACAUUUGGGAAUGUCCGCACCGUGCAUCCACUGCGUAAGUCUGGAGCGGACCGUCGCCGGUUCCUAUGGUAUUCCUUGUACGCGUGGAGCUUUGCUAUCAUUCUGACGCUGACCAUGUUCCUGCUGGACAAGUAUCCCGUGGCUGGAGUCUUGGAUGCGGACAUGGGAGUAGACAUUUGCUGGUUUGGCACACUACAAAAUUCUAACUUGGACUGGCCACACUACAUUUUCUUCGUGAUCCCUAUGGGCCUGGUGACGUGCAUAAACUUCGUGCUGUGGGUGUUGACGGCACGACACUGCGCGCGCGUCAAGUCUGAGGUGCACCGACUGCAGGCGGGCUCCGUCGGCGACCGCGCCAAGCGCCGUUUUCGCGGUGAUAGAGCCAAAUACAUAUUGACUGGAAAACUGUGGGUUGUGAUGGGCGCCGGCUGGUUGGUCGAGAUGCUGUCAACCCUAACCUCGAACCCGAGGUGGUUUUGGGAAAUCAUCGAUCGUAUUAAUGAGCUCCAGGGAGUCUUCAUAUUCUUCAUCCUCAUCAUGAAGCCGAAGCUUUAUUACUUGAUCAGGAAGAGAUUAGGUUGCUCACGGAUACCGAUUGAUACAAGACUGGAGAAACCCGUCGGGUUGAAAAACGGCACCUCGUCUUCCGGUCGCACGUCAUCCACCUUCCUCUCACGGACCAUCAGCACCGAUGAGCGCACUAACUUGAGGACUUCACUGCCCGUUUGUGCUAAAAAAGACUAGUUUGCCACACUCACCGAAUGUGUAAAUUACGAACAUUAGUAUUUUUGCGCAUAUUAACUUGACUGAUGUUUAUAACAGCAAAGAUAGAUAUAACUCCGUAAUUACUCUAUGAUAACAGAGAUGAUGUCUGCCAGACAGUAGAAAUCUGAAUUGUAUUUGUAUGUCGAGCCGACACCGGCACACUUCUACCUGCUUUGAAGUUAAAACCAAAUUUAAUUUGCAAAGUAUGUCUGCCUGGUUGUCUGGCAUACAAUGUUAAGUGGCUCUAAACUUUACGUAAGUCUUAAAUCUAUAUACAUUUCUGUAAUGCCGCUUAUUUGAUUAUUUGUGAUAUUUAAUAAGUACUUACCUACUAGCUUUUGUCUGCGGCUUUGCGCGCAUAACGUAGGGUGGGUCAUACACAUUUUUUUGUUCGAACAUUUUCUCUUCUAUGAGUUAAGAACAUUGAUUGGUAAAACAAAUAUGCGCUAUAGGAAUGUUGAUGUUGUUUUUGUUAUUCAUACCAGAUUAUUUUUUCCAAAUGAAUAAAAUUUUCUCAUCGUAGUUCUUUCCGAUUUAUUAUAUAGAAAAAUAUGUGCAAUUUUGAUUUUUCCAAGGCGAUAUUCAGCUAUAUAGCCAGAAAUGUACUCGUAACUCCAUAAUUUUCGGAAAUACAGUUGUUUAAAUUUUGUUAUUUUUUGCGUGUAUGACCUACGUAAUGUGUAAACUUCUGCAUUUAACUUAAAUUUUACUAAUUUAAAUAAACAGACAAAUUAUAAUCAAACCUAUAAACAACUUCGUUCAGUGAGAACACUAGAUAUACGCAAAGAUAGAUAUAAUACGUAAAGCGGACUUAGCAUUUCACGUCUUGCGGCUUUGCAGUACCUACGUAGGUACUUUGGACGAAGUUAAAGAUAUAUCACAUAGGCUUGUUACAAUUAAUGUAAUGCUACUUAAACAAAUAUAAAAAUUGCACCUGGGUACAAAUAAUCAUACUACAAAAAUCUGAAUUAAAGAAGUUAAAAAAUCCCCGACUGAUAAAUAUAUAACUAUAAGCUUUUGCAUAUAGUUAGUGUUAGUACCUACCUAAGUACACUUCAGUAUGUUGGCCGUUUAAUAAUUAUGGGUUUGACUAUAUUUUUCCACAAUUGCUUAGGCAGAUUAAAUUUGUAUCUAUAAAAUCUAAGUAUAACCUUAGCGUUUACUCUAGUCAUAAUUUAAGUAGUUCACAUGUAAGUGAUUAUUGUCUAGCAAUUAUAUGUACCUAUUCAAUUAAUUGAGUGUUUAUGUAGUACUUGUGUUGUCAGUUAUGCUAUAAUAUAAACCAUUAUGAGAUACGCAGUUGCCAUCCAAAAUAACUGAACUAUACACAGUGCUCUAAAACAUUGCCCUAUCAUGCAUAAAACAGGAGAUAUGUUACACUCGAAAAGUCGACAAAUUUUCUACUGUAUUCUUGUGUAGUUACAAGUUCAAAUUGGUUUUACAAAAUUUUAUUUACCUUCAAAUCUUGUAACUAAAAUAUGAAUCACUUCCUGGUGAUUUUGAUGGAUUUGGAUUACCUACCUUAAUUCCCAUGACAAUUCAACAAUCGGAAGGUAGUAAACCGAACUCCUCGAUGGAAUAGUUAUUUGUUAUACAAGGGUGCAAAGUUGUAUUUUACCCGCGAGUGUUUCAACACACGAGAAGUAAAAUACAUUUGCGCCCGUGUGUAACACAAAACUUUUCACCUCACUAUAGCGAGGAAAGUGCAACAUCCACAGGCGUUAGAUCAUCUUCAUCACUGGAAUC